AUAUACAACCAAAUGUGGAACUGAAAAACACUCAGGAGCAGUCUGUGCCCACAGAAAGUCCAGCAGUUUUGAAUGACUACAUUUUAACCAAACCUCAUGAAAUAGAAAAUGUGGACAAUGCAGAAGGCCCAAGCAAUGAAGAUGAAGAUAUAGGAGAUGAUUUGAUGAAAGUGAAAGAUGAAUACAAUGAAAGAGAAGAGAAUGUUUUAAAGCCAGAGCCCAUGGGAAAUGCAGAAGAGUCUGAAAUUCCUUACAGCUACUCAAGGGAAUAUAAUGAAUAUGAAAACAUUAAGUUGGAGAGACAUGUUGUCUCCUAUGAUAGUAGCAGGCCAACCAGUGGAAAGAUGAACUGCGAUGUAUGUGGAUUAUCCUGCAUUAGCUUCAAUGUCUUAAUGGUUCAUAAGAGGAGUCAUACUGGUGAACGCCCAUUCCAGUGUAAUCAGUGUGGGGCAUCUUUUACUCAGAAAGGUAACCUCCUCCGCCACAUUAAACUACACACAGGGGAAAAACCUUUUAAGUGUCACCUCUGCAACUACGCAUGCCAGAGAAGAGAUGCGCUCACAGGGCAUCUUAGGACACAUUCUGUUGAGAAACCCUACAAAUGUGAGUUUUGUGGAAGGAGUUACAAGCAGAGAAGUUCCCUUGAGGAGCACAAGGAGCGCUGCCGUACAUUUCUUCAAAGCGCAGACCUGGGGGACACUGGUGAGAAGCGCCACUGCUUUGAUGUCAACUAUAAUUCCAGCUACCUGUAUGAGAAAGAGAGUGAGAUAAUACAGACCCGAAUGAUGGACCAAGCCAUCAAUAAUGCCAUCAACUAUCUCGGUGCUGAAGCCCUGCGUCCCUUAGUCCAGACACCACCUGCUCCCACCUCUGAGGUGGUUCCAGUUAUCAGCAGCAUGUAUCCCAUAGCCCUCACCCGGGCUGAGAUGCCAAAUGGUGCCCCCCAGGACCUGGAAAAGAAGAGCAUUCACCUGCCAGAGAAGAGCCUGCCUUCUGAAAGAGGCCUGUCCCCCAACAAUAGUGGCCACGACUCCACGGACACUGACAGCAACCACGAAGAACGCCAGAAUCAUAUCUAUCAGCAAAGUCACAUGGUCCUUCCUCGGGCCCGCAAUGGGAUGCCACUUCUGAAGGAAGUUCCUCGCUCUUAUGAUCUCCUCAAGCCCCCACCCAUCUGUCCAAGAGACUCCAUCAAAGUGAUCAGCAAAGAAGGGGAGGUGAUGGAUGUGUACAGGUGUGACCACUGUCGUGUCCUCUUCCUGGAUUAUGUGAUGUUCACUAUUCACAUGGGUUGCCAUGGCUUCCGUGACCCUUUUGAGUGUAACAUGUGUGGAUAUCGAAGCCAUGAUCGCUAUGAAUUCUCGUCUCACAUAGCCAGAGGAGAACACAGAGCCAUGCUGAAGUGA